AUGACAGUCAACCGCCUCCGCCCUCUCAUCCCCACUCUCCUCUCCAGGAUCUCCACCCUCCAGAUCCGCCGCUAUACCGCGUCUCCACCGAAAGUCACCGUCCAGGGACGCUUCAGCGACACCUUGUCAGAGGAACACCGCGAUCCCCUCCUUGCGCAACUCAAAAACAUCCCGAGGGACAUGGCCAAGCUGACGAUCGAAGAAGCUCACCCCUCCGACGCAGAAUGGGACAUCCUCGGCGACCACUUUACCAGUGUCCGGGAUCUGGAGGUAGACAGCGGAUUCGAGGAAGAUCUCAACGACAGAAAACUGCCCUUGCACUGGCCAAUUGACCGGCUAUUAAUAUCGAGCGUUUGCGGACAAGUCACCAAGUCGCCUCAUAUCCUGCAAGGCCGCAUCAAACACCUCAUUCUUUACUAUACGUCGGAAAUGCGAUUCGAAGGGCCAACGUCCGACGAGCUGAGCGCUGCGCAUUACGACGCCAUCAAGCGCGGUGAAGCUGAACCCAAGUACCUUGGUAAAACGUCAAAGAUUCAGAUCGUCAACAUCACCGAACUCGGCAAGGCGUGGAUGGCGAAGAAAUACAACGCGCCGGGUUUAACCGAGAAUCCGCCGCUCGAGCCAGAGAACCAACCUGUCGAGGGCCAUGAGAGCCGUCUCCGCACCCUUGAAAUUAUCGAAAACGACGCCCUCGAUACGUACCUCCGCAUGUCCGCUGCCCUGCCGCAUGUGGUGGAGCCUGUUCUAUCGCUCACCCUGCACUCAACCGAGCUCCCAUGGGACUUCGGCUGGUUGUCAGAGAGACUCUUCCCCGAAGCCCUAGCGGAGCACACAAAACUUGAGUCCCUGAACCUGGCAGUUGGCAAUGUAUUCUCUGAUCCCUCCACUCUGUCGGGCCUGUACGCCGGCCUCCCGCCCAAUCUUCAAUCCCUCCAUUUCCGCGGCCCGAUGUCACUUUGUCACUCGGAGCGAUGGGAAGAGUGGGUUUCUGCGUUCAGCACCAGUGCGUUCUUACCUAGUCUUGAACGCCUUGCCUUUGUGCUGGAUCUGCAUUAUGUGCCGGACAAGUAUCAGUGUCCAAGACCGGAGACUCCGCCCGAUGAGGAUCUGCGCGAGGCCCGCGCUGCUUGUGAGCGGUUGUAUGCAGGCGCUCGAAGCCGGGGGGUUACUAUUGAGCCUUUCCUCACUACCCGGGCGGGCGGGAAUACAGCGAGGCCGGUUGAUGAGCGGUGGUAG